AUGGCCGCGGGCAGCGCUAUCCAGAUCCCGAGCCGCCUGCCGCUGCUGUUGACCCACGAGGGUGUCCUGCUGCCCGGCUCCACCAUGCGGACCAGCGUGGACUCCCCGCGGAACAUGCAGCUGGUUCGCAGCCGCCUGCUCAAGGGCACUUCGCUGCGCAGCACCAUCAUCGGCGUCAUCCCCAACACCAGCGACCCCACCUCGGACUGCGACGACCUGCCCUCCCUGCACAGGAUUGGCACUGCUGCCUUGGCAGUUCAGGUGGUUGGUAGCAACUGGCCCAAGCCACAUUACACACUGCUGGUCACAGGCCUGUGCCGCUUCCAGAUCCUGCAGCUGCUGAAGGAGAAGCCUUAUCCCAUUGCUGAGGUGGAGCAGUUGGAUCGACUGGAGCAGUUUACUAAUCAGCCCAAAUCUGAGGAGGAGCUUGGAGAGCUGUCAGAACAAUUCUACAAGUAUGCAGUGCAGUUGGUUGAGAUGUUGGAUAUGUCAGUGCCUGCGGUCGCAAAGCUGAGACGUCUCCUGGACAAUCUGCCUAGAGAAGCUUUGCCAGAUAUUCUCACUUCUAUCAUCCGCACAUCCAACCAAGAGAAGCUUCAGAUUCUAGAUGCUGUGAGGCUGGAAGAACGGUUCAAGAUGACUAUACCAUUGCUGGUUAGACAGAUUGAAGGCCUGAAGCUGCUUCAGAAAACAAGAAAGCCCAAACAGGAUGAUGAUAAACGGGUUGUAGCUAUUCGUCCUAGUCGAAGAAUCAAUCAUGUUGCAAACACUGCAGAAGAUGAGGAGGAAGAAGAAGAUCAUGAUGAUGUUGUCAUGCUAGAAAAAAAGAUUAGGACAUCCAGCAUGUCAGAACAAGCUCUUAAAGUUUGUCUUAAGGAAAUAAAAAGGUUAAAGAAGAUGCCUCAGUCAAUGCCAGAAUAUGCUCUGACAAGAAAUUACUUGGAACUGAUGGUAGAAUUGCCAUGGAACAAGAGUACGAAAGAUCGUCUCGAAAUCCGCGCGGCUCGGAUUGUCUUGGAUAAUGAUCAUUAUGCUAUGGAGAAGUUGAAGAAGAGAGUUUUGGAGUACUUAGCUGUCCGACAGCUUAAAAACAACCUCAAGGGUCCCAUUCUCUGUUUUGUGGGGCCCCCAGGAGUUGGUAAAACUAGUGUUGGAAGAUCAAUUGCCAAGACUUUGGGUCGAGAAUUCCACAGAAUUGCUUUAGGAGGAGUCUGUGAUCAGUCUGAUAUUCGAGGCCAUAG